CAAACCGGAAAAGACGUGUGUGACAUCCGCUGUGCUAACGGACGGUAACGGUCGCGGAUACACACUACAUUUUGUAAAUCCUCACAACUGUAUUUGAAAAGCAACAACACUCUCGGGAUGUCUUCCAUGGUGCCAAUCAAGAUCGGAAUAAUUGGUGGUUCAGGCCUCGAUGAUCCAGAUAUCUUGGAGGGGAGGACUGAACGCUAUGUUGACACACCGUAUGGAAAGCCGUCCGAUGCUCUGAUUCUGGGGAAGAUAAAAAAUGUGGAGUGUGUUCUCCUUGCAAGGCAUGGGAGACAACACACCAUAAUGCCGUCCAAUGUGAACUACCAGGCCAACAUCUGGGCACUGAGAGAAGAAGGCUGCACACAUCUGCUGGCCACCACAGCCUGUGGCUCACUCCGAGAGGAGAUUCAGCCGGGAGACAUUGUCAUCAUAGAUCAGUUCAUUGACCGGACUACCAAGAGAGCUCAGACGCUUUUUGACGGACAGCCCACUAGUCCAACCGGAGUGAGCCACAUCCCCAUGGCUGAGCCUUUCUGCAACAAAACCAGAGAGGUGCUGGUGGAGGUGGCGCGGAGCCUUGGUGUUAAGUGUCACGUUCGAGGCACGAUGCUGAGUAUCGAGGGGCCGCGCUUUUCCUCACGGGCCGAAAGCCUGAUGUUCCGCCAGUGGGGCGCCGACGUCAUCAACAUGACCACGGUGCCAGAGGUGGUCCUCGCCAAGGAGGCGGGCUUGUGCUAUGCCAGCAUUGCCAUGGCGACUGACUAUGACUGUUGGAUGGAGCACGAGGAGGCGGUCUGUGUUGACAACGUAAUGAAAACGAUGAAGGAGAACGCCAACAAAGCCAGCAGCAUCCUGCUGACUGCGAUACCCCAGAUUAGUCAGAUGGACUGGGCUCAGACAAUGAAGACCUUGAAAUCAAUGGCACAGUCGUCUGUAAUGUUACCUAAACAUUAAGCUUGGAGAAAACCCCCGGAGUGAAAAAAGACCCGAGGCACCAACGCACGGACAACACACCCAACUCCGGCUGUGGAUCGAUCAUCAGUGAAUCACAAACAAGUGCCUCGCGUGAAGAAAGCAUGCGCGCUUUAGCUGGAGUCUCACAGUCCCUUCUUGACUGAAAAUACUCGUAUAAGCAUCCAGACAGUUGAGUCAGCAUCCCACCGCGAUUAAAACAUCAUUAUACUAGAUAUUAUUUGUGGGUUCAUAUUUUCUGUUUUCUGUAAACAUUCGAAGUUAUAUAUUUGUAAUGUAAUCCAUUGGUGUCUUUGUUGCUGUUUGUGCAGGAUACAAAAAAAAGACUUUGCUAGUAGCUAAUGCUACUUUGUUACUGCCUUAGUUGCAACAAAUAUGUUCUCUAUGUCGAAUCUGAAGUAAAAUUGUUUAAAUGCCUGUAUCCAUUUCAGGAAAAUGGAUUCUCAUUUCCCAUAUCGACUGAAAUAUUUGAAACUGAAACUUUUUCUACGCUUAAAAUGUUUGAUACAACCUACGAAUCAUCAGCAUAAUGAAGAGGGCGUCUUCUGUAAUGCGCCAGGCCAUCUGUUACCGCUCUUUGUCACUUCCAUGUUCUUAUCUGCAAUACGGCAUUUGCUCAGCUGGAUUUCAUCACAAUCAAAAGUAUCUUCAAAUACUUAUUAAUAGCUUGUUUUUUUACUUUCUGUUGGCUUGUCUUUACAAUAUGAACGCAUUCUGCAGACGUUAGCUCAAUAAAAACUACCGUGAUUAGUGCUUUAACAUUGUUUGAAAAACAUUAAAACUGAUCCAAAUGAA